AUGAUCAAGGCACAGACUGAGAUUCGAAAUCUGCAAUACUUGAUGGACAAGUCGGAAGGGGUGCUGUUCACAAGAUGUAUCGUUAAGUUGCUUGACACCUUUGUGCUCGUGGGUCCAAAUGGGAUUCAUCAGUGCUUGGUGCUUGAACUUGUCGGCCCUUCCUUCGAAUCAGUCCAACAGUCUUAUACGGACUUCAACAACUACGCUCAUCAUAUUGGAUUCGGUAAUGCUGAGUUCAACAACUCUACCCAAUAUUCCGAAAUCGAAUGUUCUCGUAUAUUUGAAAUUACCAAGCGGCUUUUCAUGGCGUUGAGAUUUGUACAUGGCUUGGAAAUGUGCCAUGGAGGUAUAAAUGGAGCAAAUAUUGCGUUCACUUUCCGAAACAGCCUGCGACAUGCGACCGAAGAAGACGUCUUUGGAGUAAUGGGAUCACCACAAGUUGUUCCACUGGAGCGCUGUGAUGGAAUGCCUUUGAGUAAAGGGCUUCCCAAAGAAAUAGUUCAGAGCGCUCAAUGGACUGGGUAUGUCGAUGAAGAUGAAUCUGACAUUCGUCUGAUUGGCUUUGGAAAGAGUUUUCUCCGCGGAGAAGAGCCAGAUAAACUCAAGCAGCCAGAGCAUCUGCGAUGUCCGGAAGUCAUCAUGGGAGACAAGCUUGACUGUCGUCUUGAUCUGUGGCAUACAGGGUGCUUUAUAUAUCAGCUCUUGAUGUAUGAGCCUCCGUUCCCUGGCUCGUCCGACGAUUACGAACACAUAAUGAAUAUUGUCGGAUUUGUGGAUGACUUACCAGUCGAGUGGGAGUCAAAGGUGGAAGAUCUUCGAGUGAUUUCCAAGCAGAAUCGUGUACUGGAAAACGUCUGCAAUACAGAUAAAAAAACAUGUGAGCUACAAGCUACGGAGGCCACUCUUCCCGAGUCUCUAGCACAAACUGAAGAGAAGUUAGCAGCAGAAGGAUCCCUAGCCAAAGACGACAAUUCAAGCGAAGGACAACACACUGGCCCUAGUUCACAGACACGAGAGCUUGCAAAAUUAGCUUCAGCAUCGCGCCUAAAAGAAAUUUUUGCCAAGAGAGCCAACAAUCCGAUGUUGGCUCCCUUGCUAACAAUAAUGGAAGGUUUCCUGCGGUUUCGACCGUCUGAUCGCUUGCCGCUCCUUGCAGCAACAGAGCUGGCAGAGUCAGCGUCAUUCCCAACGCUGGACAAGUGCCCCCUGCAGGGUGAUGCACCAGAGGGAAAACAGGAACUUACAGUCAGCGACGCGGUGGCGCAUCUUGAGCUAACUGGGGUUCAAGCGGACCCUGAACAGGCACGACCUGAUGCCCUGGAAGGUGCCAUAGGCUUAUCGAAAAAUCAUGAACAACGACAGCAGCCGGUACAGCGUGAGAUUACAAAUUCAUUGGAAGAGCGUGGCCCCCAACCGCAAGAGCGUCUAGACAUGCCCCGAAGUCCUCGGCAGGUACAACUCGAAGCUGCAGCCGAGACACCCGAGCCGCUUGUUAUUCAUGAGCCGCACCAGGAACAGGAACUAGAAGGGUGUCAAAGCACCGAGAAGACCGAAUUGGAGACCAAAACAGGGACUUUAGGCCCACCGAGCGAUCAUCAUGACCACCAGCCAUUCUUGCCUGAACAUUCUAGAAAUCUUGAACAAGAUCAGCUGGGAGUAGUGGACGGGGCUUUAGAUCUAUUCCCUGACCAGGGGAAACAGCAGCCGGAUAUAUUAGAUGGUUGUCAAAGCGUCGACAAAUCCCAGUCAGAUGCACAAACAGGGACAGGGACAUCGGAUCUGCAGAGUGAUCAUGAUGGGCCUCAGCCAACCUUGUCAGAGAACCCUAAUAAUCUUGGACCAAAUCGAUUGGAGAUAGUAGUUGGAGCUUCAGACUUACUUGACAACCAGGGUGGACACCAGCCAGAAAUGUCAGAGAUCCCCGAGAGUUCCAAUCAGUCACAGCUAAAGCAGGCGGAGGAUUCAGGGGUAUCAUCGGACGACGGCGGAGAGCAGAAAUCUAGAAGCCGGAAGAGGCUCCGUUCUCGUAUAGGAGGGCUGUUGAAUCAUAGCUGGACUCCAUGGAAGAGACGUCGGAAGUCUUAG